AUUGUGUUCGCUUGUUUGCUUCACCCAACUAUCCCCCAUGAAGGAAGCUAAACAGCUGAUCAUGAAGUGUUCUUGUUGAUAGGUUCUUGCGUUCAGUCCUUGCCGCACUUCUUCACAUAUUCAGUAUAGUAGGACAGUUGUGUCGCGGAAAUAUAGUAAAUAAAUACUCUGCAGUGGAUUCUACUAGUUCAAUCAACACAAUUCCAUAAAUUAGUACAUUUCAAGUCAUUGGUUAAAUCAGUUCUCAAGUACCUAUAAGAGUAAAGGCAAAGCAGAGAGUUUCAAAACCUCGUUUUACAUAAUUAGUUGUAAAUUCCAACCAAAGCAAUGACGGAAUUCCAAACCAAGUACAACAUCAUCGAUGAGAAACCUCCCCAAAAUGCCCCCCUGAAGGCGCAAUAUAAACAAGGAUUCGGAUUCUACACAAUGAAAGAGCGCCUACCAGUUAUCCUGACGCAGGUGAUUGACCAGCUGUCAAAGGACAAGGAGCAAAUUGUCCAGCAUUUCGGUGAGGAUGCCCGCGAAGAACUUAAACAGGCCAUAGGGGAAAUUUCCAAGCUUAAGUACGAACUGCAAACCGACAAGGAGUUCAGCCCGAUCGAGACUGAACUGGGCGAUAAGCAAGUGUGGAACGAUUUCAUCGGUGGGCUCGGCGGUGACAACACAUACUAUUCGGCUUGCUGGUUGUACGCUGAGACUUACAUGUAUCGGCGGUUGAACAACAUAUUUGAGAGCACUACUCUGCUUAAAAAGUUGGAUUACUUCCAACAACAGAAGCAUAAAGCGUUCACAAAUUCUUGCGAUGCGAUGGGUGCUAUCUUGAAUUCAAUUGAGCUAUUUAACGAAGACAAGCACAGUAAAAAUGAGACUGAAAUAGGAGAUUUCUUUCAAAAAAUGUUGAAGCUUAACCUGUGGGGCAAUCGAUGCGAUCUCUCUUUAACCGCCGGUGAAGAAUACCAACAAGACGGCGAUCCGCUGAGCUUACUGGAAUCCUGCAACAGCUACAUCGUGAGCAAUCAUUGCUCCGCCGUUUGGGACCAUGUUCGGCAGCUGAAAAAUCCCACUGGUGCUCCGGUCGUGAUCGACAUCAUCAACGACAACUCCGGCUACGAAUUGUUCACCGACCUCUGCCUGGCGGACUUCAUCGUCGAACACCAGCUUGCAUCCCGGGUGAACUUCAACGUGAAAGCCAUCCCGUGGUACAUCUCGGACGUAACACCUAAAGACAUGGCAUGGACGCUGGAUGCUCUCAAGACGCACAGCAACCCCCUUCUGUCCGCAUUCGGCCAUCGGUUGCAGUCCCGUUUCGACGCCGGUACGCUCGUCCUGAAGGACGUUGAUAACUUCUGGACAUCACCCUACGAAUUCCAUCGCAUGCGUGACAUCAACCCGGACCUGUACCAACAGCUGACGCAAUCCCAGUUGUUGAUCUUCAAGGGCGAUCUGAACUACCGGAAAUUGUUGGGCGAUUUCAACUUCCCGUACACGACCCCGUUCCGAGAUGCACUGCGUGGCUUCCACCCGACGGCAUUGUGCUCGCUGCGAACGGUGAAGGCCGACUUGAUCUGCGGACUGGCGGAAGGGCUUUCGGACAAACUGGACGCCAAGGACGAGCACUGGAUGACCACCGGCGAGUACGGUGUAAUCCAGUUUACUCAUAAUUGAGGGAUACUUGUGCGGAAAGUAACAUUUGUUUAGUUUUUAUUUUGAUGUGUUAUAGUUGGUUUGAAAAACCUGUUUUCAAAUUGUUUAUAACAAAUUUUAGAUAUCUGUACUUGUCAUUUUGUUAUACGUCUCUCUUUGUAUUGGUUUUACGCAAAAUUUUGAAUGUGCUUUUCAGUGCAAAUAAAUUAUUAAUAAAUAUA